AUGAGAAGGGAUGGGAAAGAGCUCAGGGAGCCAUGGGCAUUUGUGAAACGCCAGGAGAACACUUGUCGUGACGCACAAGCUGCUGCUGUCACAGGCAGGAUCAGCUCUGGCUCGGCAAAGGCAAGUCCACAGCGACAUCUCGCGGCCGGUGACAGUAAUGAACGAAGUGACUGCCCGGUUGCCAUAGAGACAUCGAAACACAACCUCACCAUUCCGCAAGUCAUGCUGCGGUCAACUGAGGAGAAAACUGUACUUUUGUGUGCUUUAGAUGAUGAUGUACAGGGACUUAAGAGUAUUUUGGAAAGCAAGAGUGGCAACGAAUCUCAGCAAUCGGAGAAUGUUCUGUGGGAAAAAGAUGAGGUGGGAAGAAAUGCGCUGUUUGCUGCGUGUACUUUUGGUCGGAGCGGCAUCGUCCGCGAGCUCGUACAGAACGACGCUGACGUCAAUGAACUCACAGCGCGCGGCUACUCACCGUUGCAUUAUUCUGCCAUGUGGGGUCAGCUGGACACUUUAAAAACUUUGGUUGAGCUCAAUGCUGAUUUUCAAGCUGUCAAUUUCCGUGGAGAGAAGGCUGUUGAUGUGGCCCGGCGUUAUGACAAACUGGACUGCGCAGAGUAUCUGGCAUGGGCUGAGGCCAAACAAAGUUUGCAAGCAUUAAUACAAGAUGUCAGAGAUAUUAUAGCUGAUCCAGAGAAAGUUCAAGGGAAGCUCAAUAAAGAGGACAAGACCAUGUUUAUAAACAUCUGUUCUGCAAAAUCUGACUGGAUACACAACACCAAAAAUGCAACAAUUCAAGACUUCAUUGAACAGAAGAAGCACCUUGAAAACAUACUGGAACCUAUUCUGCUCAAGCUUAACACACAAUCUGAAGCCACAAUGAAGACAAGAAAGCCUUAG